UGGCUAUCCUAUACACCACUUCACACACAAUUGCCCCCCUCUCUUCCUCAAGGCCGCCACGGUCUACUCGUAACACCUACCUAACCUAAUUGCUACGACGAACCAUGUUCAAGACGGCGGCAGCAAAAAUUGCCCAUAAUUCGACGAUUCCGGCGCUUGCGGGUAAUAGCGACCUUAGACAGUUUCAGGAUCUCAUUAACGCGGAGAAGGUUGUUCUAGUCUCAAUUCAGAGACUAGGUGUUGAUAUAACCAAGGCUGCUGAGUCCCUCAGGGCGUGGGGAGUUGGUGAGGGUGAUGACCUCGCUGAUAUCCUCGGUGCAUCCACUACCCUACUCGUUAACUUUGCUGCGGCGCUGAGUGCGUACGCCAGCACACAUCAUGGAAUCCGCGACACCAUGAAAUCUGUACGGACACGUGAGGAAGCACUCGAUGAUCUACGGCGCCGACGACGGCGUAUUGCAGCCUCUGCAGAUGGUGCCGAAAAGAAGCUCAAUAAGAUGAGCCCCGAACACAAAAAUCUCUCUGCGCAGACUGACGCUCUUAAUCGACUGCGUGAAGAGAUGCGCACAAUGGAUGGUGAGAUUGUUCGCGAAGAAGCUGAGUUAGGCGAUUUCAAGAGAAAAUGUGCGAAGAGCUGGAUGCAGGCCAAGUUUGGAGGUCUUACAGAGUGCUGUGAGAAGGGUGUGAUUGUUGGCGACAUAGGCAAAGCCAUCGUUGCGGAAAUUCUUGAGGAUGUGACGCAACCAGGACUUCCUCGAGCGUAUUAUAACGCUCAGCCACGUGUCAGCGCCCUUGUAUCUGAGGCGCAACGUAGUAUUGCGCAAGUAGCCUUUACGGUUGUUGCGUCUGGCCGCGUCAGCCAAGGAGAGUAUGAGCAUACAUCGUCGACUCAGACUUCGCCACAGAUGCAAGCACAACAGUCAAUGGUGUCGGGUUCUCCAUAUUUACCUGUUCCACGGGUGGGAAGCGGGCUUCACUUGGGCAGCUUUGGGAGCGAAUCUCUGCCUCCUCCACCUCCAAACCAGCGCACAGCAUCUGCAGAUGAACUUGGCAUCUCCACACUGACCUCGACACACGCCAGUCAUUUUGCCUCUUUUCCUGCGAGGGGUCCGAGCUUAGGGGUCCUGUCACACGACGGACCGACUCCCUCAAAGCCUUCCCUCUCCUACUUGCAGCAAGCAGAUACGAUGGCUGGUGGUCCCUCGGGGCUUCCGGUGCAUGAUACUUCGGACUCUUUGACCAGCACUAUUGCCGACGCCCUCGCUCGUAGCGAUUCCAACUCAUUCAGCCUAAAUCAUCCCUCGCUUGAUGAUCCCGCACCAAAGUACGAGCCGUUCGUGCCCGGAUCAGGUGCUCCAUACACUGGUUUUGGAGACACGCGCAGAAGUAAAAGUCCAAGUUUGCCACCAGGAGCAGCUCCUGCGGCAAUUCAGGCUUGGGACGGAGGUUUGGGCCCUGAAAUUGAGGAACGGCGUACAGUGAGCGAAAGCAAUGAUAAUGCGAUGAGCGUCAUGAGUGGAAAUGAACAAUCAACGAGCAUGACUGGGCGGAGCGACAGACGGGCAUCACAGGAGUCGGUGGUUGGUAUGCCGUAUGACCGUGAUGAGGAGGCCGAAGAUUACCAGUCGAAUGAAAAUGUACUGCAAAAAAUGGAUCGAAGAGUGGGGCUUGGGACGGAGGAAGAUGAAACAGAGGCAGAACAUAGCAGACCUUCGCCGCCCGAGACGAUGGAGAGUCAGAGACGUAUCCCGCGUGUGCCUCCGCCCCCCGUGGAUACUGAGGCACCAACUCCACCAGAACAUACCAGGGUUGUGUCUCCGCUUUCACUGCAGUCUACUUCCCCUCUGCAGACUCAGGCAAAAGGUCGUUCAGAAGAUAGCGACGAAGAUGACGAGAACGCACGCAAUGCAGCAGCUGCACGCGAGGUCUCUCGUGAACUAGAUGCGCUAGCAUUCAGCACACCUGCACCAGUGACAUACUCCACUCAUCCAACUCAAUCCCGAGCCCCACCGCAAGGUUCUUACAUGUCAGGGCAGACUUACCCGCCUCAGCCACACCAACAGCAACAGUUGCAAUUUCAUGCUCCUCAACCCAAUCAGACCUCUCGACCACCAUCACCCCUUGCACCACCUCAUGCACCGUUCGCUCACCGUUCCGUUUCGCCUCAUCCUCAUAUUGGUGUUGACCCAGGCGAAUCACGUCCUCUACCGAUCAUAGCUACUUCGAAGAGUAGUUCACCUCGUCCCAUAUCGCCUCGACUCCCGCCAUCCUCUCUGUCCUCAGUGCAAUCACCUGCUUCUGCCUCCUACAGGUUACCAACGGAAUAUUCCCGCCCGCCGCCGUUCUCGUCUCCUCUCAUGACGAAGUCCACGUCUUCGCUGACCUUGGGUGCUCCCGGUGGUGCCCCGCGAAUGAUCUCCGCUGCCGCGUUCCGCAGACCUGGUCGUAGUGGAAGCGAGUCUGGGUCGUCGUUGAGUCCUGCAGGGUACGGUGGGCCGGCAGAUACCUCGCCUCUAUCCCUCCGCCCUUCUGCGUCGCCUGCAUCUUCGAUACGGAAGUCAGGGGCAAUGCGAAGGCUGUCUGUAGUCAAUCCAGACCCAGUCCAACUCGAUGAAGACGAAUUCGAUUACGUAUCAGCAUACACCGGAAGAGACGAGCCGGGGGGCGCGCAGGCCCAACAGAGUGGGGGAUAUGGACAGGGGAGGUAUGUUAGUGACCUUGAACAUCGAUGAUGAAGAUGAGCAUUGUCUAUGUUUAAACUUGAAAGUGUAUUGCUCUGGACGCACAUUAACUAUGGACAAUUUUGUAUCUGUUCUUUUUCUUUUCAUCCAUUAUUUUUCCUGUAGUUUUUAUUCACAAUCAAAUAUGUUGUAUUCUGCGAUAUUCCCCUCCUCAGAGCAUCUGUGCUCGAGGUUGAUAGCAACAUAGAUCUUAUUAAUAUACACGUUUUACGAUCCAGUGAAUAAGCAAAUAGAGUCUCAACCCUUGAUUUUAGCAUCGCUGGUACUUUGUAUUCAACAUCUACUCAUCGAUAUCACUCUGUUAACUACAUACUGAAUUUGAGUGAUCGACAUGGCAAUCCCUAAUGAGGAUGCUCGAGCUUCCGUCCCUAACAAAGCCAAACAUACUUCAUGGUGA